AUGUUCAAGCUGCCUCGUUUGCUCUUGGCCUUCGCCAUCAGUGGGCUGCUCGGUACAGCGAGUGCCGAUACGGAAUGCAGCGCCACAGUGGCAUGUGAGAUAGGAUGCUGUGGUACCUGGGGCGUCUGUGGCAUGGGCCCGGAUUACUGCGGCGCUGACAACUGCAUUAACAACUGCGAUGCCAAGGCUGAUUGUGACCCUGACAACUGGGGAUCGAAUUAUUAUGGCUUUUGUGGGACAACUGAGGAGUUCUGCGGCAAUGACACAGUCACUCGUCCUUCUUGCGACGUUGAUUUACAGUCUAUCACUCGCGUUAUUGGCUACUACGGAUCCGGAGCUUUAACUCGACUUUGUGAUGGCAUGCUGCCCCUUUCGAUUCCUCAAGGUGUAUACUCUCAUAUUUAUUUUGCCUUCGCCAGCAUUGAUCCAGACACGUUCGAGGCUGUUCCAGCGGUUGAAAGUGAUCUCGAAACACUCACGAAACUGCAAGCUCUCCAGUAUCGUGAACUAGGUAUAGAGCUGUGGUUGUCGAUUGGCGGUUGGGACUUUUCAGACGACGACUUCGCAACGGCCACGACCUGGUCGGAUCUAGCGGCAGCGGACAUAACUUAUCAAAACGUCUUCUUUUCCAGUCUAGCUCUUCUCUUAAUGAGCUAUGGCUUCACAGGAGUUGAUAUCGACUGGGAGUAUCCGGCGGCCGACGACCGAAACGGGCGAGACGAGGAUUACGCCAACUUUCCGGUAUUCCUUGCCAAUCUCAAGUCUGCGAUGUCGUCCUAUGGCUUCGGAAUAUCCGUCACUCUGCCCACUAGCUACUGGUACUUGAAGCACUUUGACCUGGCUGCCAUCGAGCCAUCCGUAGACUGGUUCAAUUACAUGAGCUAUGACUUACAUGGUGCCUGGGAUAUUGGUAACGAAUGGACUGGCGCUUAUUUGGACUCCCAUACGAACCUCACUGAGAUUGAAGACGCGCUUGAUCUAAUCUGGCGUAACGAUAUACCAUCGAACAAGAUCACUCUCGGCCUCGCCUUCUAUGGACGUAGUUUCACCGUGGCAUCCACUAGUUGCGUCGAACCCGGCUGCGAUUACCUUUCAGCCGGCGACGCGGGAGACUGCAGCGCACAGGCAGGUAUCCUUCUCAACAGCGAGAUCCAGACCAUCAUGAGCGAGAAUGAUCUUACACCAACAUUCUAUAGCGACGCCGCCGUCAAGGUCCUUACCUGGGACAACCAAUGGGUUUCGUACGAUGACGAGGACACAUUCAAGCUAAAGGGUGACUUUGCCAAAUCGCAGUGCCUAGGUGGCGUCCUGGUCUGGGCUGUUGACUACGACGACAACAACGGAACCUUUUCAUACGGCUUGGCAGCUGCAUUGGGCAAUGAGCUGAAUGUCGAUACCGAAACUGGAGUCACUCUCACGAUCGCUGAAACGUCUUCUGGCUCUUCAUCGGACCCCCUGGAUUCGAUGUGUCGAUGGAUGAACUGCGGAGAAUCUUGUCCUAGCGGCUUCAGUCAGAUCAUACGCGAUGACAAGAAGUCUCAGAUCAUGCUGGACUCCAGUUACUGUUUCGACGACGAGAUGCAGGUUCUCUGCUGCCCCACAUCGACCGAAUUGCCCACAUGUCGGUGGCGAGGUUUUCAUAACAGCGGCCAAUGCCAGAAUGGUUGCAGCGAUGGUGAGGUCGAAGUCGGCAGCACCAUGGCAGGCUGUAGCUGGGGCUACCAGUCAGCCUGCUGCACCACAACAGAGUCGACAUCGUCAUACUCGGGCUGCAAGUGGUACAGCGAUGCCCCCGAUUGCACAGACGGCACUUCCGAUUCGUGUCCCUCCGACUAUCCUACCUUUGUUGCAAAGUCACGCAACGGCUGGGGAGGCAUGAGAAGAUGCGACGAAGGCAGGUAUCACGUUUACUGUUGCCAAGCAGAGACUGUCCCUGAACCGUUUACCAACUGCGACUGGUAUGGCCACGAGGAUCCAGAUGUGCAAGAUCUUUCGGAGAGGAUAUACUCAAAUGCGUGUCCCAGUGACACGAUGCGAUUCGCCACGCAGUUUGUAGGUGCAUACGCGCCGUCAGAGACGGAGGACUGCGCUUGGGGUGCCGAGGCUUACUGCUGUGCUGGGUCGACGGACGACACCACCAGCGACGUCGAUCCGCGUGAUGUUGCCAUUAUCUACCAGGACGAGACGGCUGAACUGUUCGAUGCCUACCUUGAGCAAUGGCUAAACAACCCCAUCUGCCCCGGCGAGUGGGCCGCACAGUACAGUGACACGGAUCCGGUCACGGUGACGAAGCGGGACAGCCUUCUACAGCUUCUUCGGGAGCGAGCUACCGACCAGACAUCGACCCUUGAGGUGCUGUUGCCGAUGAUGUACGCCCUAUUUGCGGCCAAAUACACGCGUACUGACAUUGAGGAAAUCUGGGACACUCGUAUCAGCGCCUACCUCGGUGAUGAAGCGGCUGAUUUCGGUCUUAUAUACGACGUCAUGUACCCCGACGGCUAUACAGCCUCUCCAGUCGACGAUACUGAGUGGUUCCUUGCCGAUAUGAUGUGCGAUCUGGAGGACUCAGCAUACGGUCUUGAAUCCUAUGCGGGCGCCACCGCGGUAUGUAUUAACAGUGAUGAUGCUAGCUCCAUAGUGUCCAAGAGAUCUAUCAGUGAGGAGGUUCGGUUCGAUACCACGGCAAACUCGACUUAUGCAGGACUUUGGCGCCGCAGACUAGCUGCUAACAGUAUGAACCUUCGUGCCUCUCAAAACACGGUGCCUACGGUUUCAGCGGCCAUGAAUGGUGCCAUCGCAGGUGAUCUCAGCAUUCAUUACCUUCGUUGGCUUCACACUGCCGGAACAACCUCGGGGACGGAGGUAGAGCUUGAAGUAGCCUUUUGGAUCGGUGGCACGCCCGGAACCGCGCCAUCCACGGUUAUUCAAACUGCAUACUCGGACACAACCCACACGAUCCAGCGCGACCGCUGGAUUGUGGCUCACUUUCAUAUCCCACUCGAUUCCCAGACGUUCAUCAACUACAACGGCCAGGUGUAUUUGGGAAUCAAUUAUGGCCGUGUGUAUCAUAGCCAGGAGAUCAGACGACCAGGGAGAGUCUCCGCUGGAGUUACACCUGAUUACAGGGCCGAAUACAGGAGGACGAAUAAUUACGGCGGUACAACCAAUAGCGUAAUGACUAACUAUAACGCGCGAUCGUCGAUUCUAAAUUGCCCGACAGCCACCUCGCGAUGGUACCCUGGAUCAGGCCUUUCUUCCGGCGAUGCGCCGGCGACUAAUGGAUUCCCACGUCAACCGGGAUACGAGGAAUUGAUACAGAGUUUCGGCACUUACCUCUAUAACACGAAUAUGUUUCAAAUUGGUAACCUACAAUAUGUAUGGAAUAUCACCGCCAGGACUGAUGGUACGAAUGUUACUGAUGACAAUGGGAUCGUCCUUUACCAACAAAUUGCGGGAGAUGGUGCAAUGUUUCAACCCCAAUGGGGAGCCUUUGAUUACAACUGGAUGCCUGACGGAACCACCACACCUCCUGACUUGUCCAACGCGGAUGCAUAA